AUGCUCCGCUCCCUCCCCGUUUCGCGCUUUGCCCGCGCCGUUCCUGCUAUCAGGGCUAGGGCAGUGGUUGGUGUCGCCGCUCGCCGCGGGUAUGCUGUUGCUGCGCCAGCGGUUGGCAACUUUGGGCAGGUCGACGGCAAGGCGACCCUCAACUCGCCCUCUGAGAUUGCGCGCCGGAUAUCGGCGCAGGUGCUGCCGCAGCUCGAGAAGCCUGAUGUGAAGAAGGUACUCGUCGUUGGAUCGGGUGGUCUGUCAAUUGGACAGGCCGGCGAGUUUGACUACUCUGGCUCGCAGGCCAUCAAGGCACUCCGUGAGAGCGACAUUGAGACCAUUCUCAUCAACCCCAACAUUGCUACUAUCCAGACCUCGCACCACCUCGCUAGCGAGAUCUACUUCCUCCCCGUCACUGCCGACUAUGUCGCGUACGUGCUCGAGAAGGAGCGCCCGGAUGGUAUCCUCCUCACUUUCGGUGGACAGUCGGCUCUCAACGUCGGUAUCCAGCUCGAGAAGAUGGGUGUGCUUGAACGCCUCGGCGUUCAGGUUCUUGGCACGCCGAUCCGCACGCUCGAGAUCUCGGAGGACCGUGACCUCUUCGUGCAGGCCCUCAACGAGAUUGACAUUCCCGCCGCCCAGUCAACUGCCGUGUCCAAUAUUCAGGACGCGCUCGAUGCCGCCAAGGUCAUUGGAUACCCGAUCAUUCUCCGUUCGGCGUUCUCGCUCGGUGGCCUCGGCUCGGGCUUUGCCCACGACGAGGAGGAGCUUCGUAACCUUGCCGCGCGGUCGCUCUCGCUCUCCCCUCAGGUCCUAAUUGAGAAGUCGCUCAAGGGCUGGAAGGAGGUCGAGUACGAGGUUGUCCGUGACGCUGCCGACAACACGAUCAUUUGCUGCAACAUGGAGAACUUUGACCCCCUCGGCACACACACUGGUGACUCGAUUGUCGUCGCGCCCUCGCAGACCCUCACCGACGACGAGUACCACAUGCUCCGUUCGGCUGCCAUCAAGAUUGUGCGCCACGUCGGUGUCGUCGGCGAGUGCAACGUCCAGUACGCUCUCGACCCCAACAGCCGCGACUACCGUGUCAUUGAGAUGAACGCCCGUCUGUCGCGUUCGUCGGCCCUCGCCUCCAAGGCUACCGGUUACCCGCUCGCAUACACUGCUGCCAAGAUUGCUCUCGGCCACACCCUGCCCGAGCUCCCCAACGCCGUCACCAAGUCGACGACAGCGUGCUUUGAGCCCUCGCUCGACUACAUUGUCACAAAGAUCCCCAAGUGGGACCUGGCAAAGUUCCAGCACGUCGAGCGCAACGUUGGCUCGGCCAUGAAGUCGGUUGGUGAGGUGAUGGCCAUUGGCCGUACCUUUGAGGAGUCGCUCCAGAAGGCUAUCCGUCAGGUCGACCCCAACUUCAACGGCUUUGAGGCUUACUGGAAGCCCGAGGACAUGAUCACUGCUCUCACUGAGAACAACGACCGCCGCCUCUUCGCCAUUGCCCACGCCAUGCUCAACCUCGACUACUCGAUCGACUACCUGCACGACGUGACCAAGAUUGACAAGUGGUUCCUCUACAAGCUUGAGAACAUUGUCAACGUCUACAAGCAGGUCCAGUCGACGCCCUUUGACAAGAUUGAGAAGGAGCUCAUGACGACCGCCAAGAAGACUGGCUUCUCCGACCUCCACAUUGCACAGCUUACUGGCAAGACCGAGGGUGAGGUCCGCGCCCUCCGCAAGUCGUUCGGCGUCACCCCCUUCGUCAAGCGUAUCGACACGCUUGCCGCCGAGUUCCCCGCCUACACCAACUACCUUUACACUUCGUACAACGCCUCCACCCACGACGUCGAGUUUGACGACAACGGAACCAUGGUUCUUGGCUCGGGUGUCUACCGUAUUGGUUCGUCGGUCGAGUUUGACUGGUGCGCUGUUACUUGCUCGCGAGCUAUCCGCGACCUCGGCAAGAAGACCAUCAUGAUCAACUACAACCCCGAGACCGUGUCGACCGACUUUGACGAGGCUGACCGCCUCUACUUCGAGGAGCUUGGCUUUGAGCGUGUCAUGGACAUCUACGACCUCGAGGCCGCCUCGGGUGUCGUUGUUUCCGUUGGUGGCCAGCUGCCCCAGAACAUUGCCCUCCGUCUCAAGAAGGCCGGCGUCAACGUGCUCGGCACUGACCCCGAGAUGAUCGACUCGGCUGAGGACCGUCACAAGUUCUCGUCGAUCCUCGACUCCAUUGGUGUUGACCAGCCCGCGUGGACUGAGGCCUCGUCGCUCGACGCCGCAAAGGAGUUUGCCGGCCGUGUCGGCUACCCCGUCCUUAUCCGCCCCUCGUACGUUCUCUCGGGUGCCGCCAUGAACGUCGUCUGGGACGAAGCCCAGCUCGAGUCCAUGCUCUCGCUUGCCACCAACGUCUCGCCCGACCACCCGGUCGUCAUCUCGCAGUUCAUCGACAACGCGCAGGAGAUUGACGUUGACGCCGUCGCCCACAAGGGCAAGCUCCUUGUCCACGCCGUUUCCGAGCACGUCGAGAACGCCGGUGUCCACUCUGGUGACGCCACUCUUGUCCUUCCUCCCUUCUCCGUCAGCAAGCACGACCUCGGUCGCUUCAAGGAGAUUGCGCAGAAGGUCGCCGAGGCGUUCCAGAUCUCGGGCCCCUUCAACAUGCAGAUCAUCCGCAAGCCGCCUGUUGGUGAAGAGGACGCCGAGCUCAAGGUCAUCGAGUGCAACCUCCGUGCCUCCCGUUCGUUCCCCUUCGUGUCCAAGGUUCUUGGCCACAACUUCAUCGACACGGCCUCGGCUGCCAUCAUGGACACGAACGUACCCGCUCCCAUCGACCUCAUGGCCGAGAAGCGCGACUAUGUUGCCAUCAAGGUGCCGCAGUUCUCAUGGACCCGUCUUCCCGGUGCCGACCCCUUCCUCGGUGUCGAGAUGGCGUCGACCGGUGAGGUCGCCUCGUUCGGCAAGGACAUCUACGACGCGUACUGGGCCGCCCUCCUCUCCGUCAACGGCAUGAAGCUCCCCAAGGCCAACUCGGGUAUCCUUCUCGGCGGUGACGUUUCGCGUCCCGAGAUGGCCGAGGUCGCCAAGAACCUCAUCAACCUCGGCUUCAGCCUGUACACGUACGACUCCAAGGUCGAGCAGCACAUCAACGACCAGCCGUACCUCCAGAUCAAGAAGAUUCUCGUUCCCGUCAAGGACAAGAAGAAGCUCCGUGAGAUUCUUGAGGAGCACGAGAUCCAGACUGUCAUCAACAUGGCCCGUUCGCGUGCCACCACCACCCUCGACGAGGACUAUGCGGCCCGUCGCGCCGCCGUCGACUUUGGCAUCCCGCUCAUCAACAACCCCAAGCUCGCCGUCCUGUUCACCGAGACGCUCGAGAAGAAGUUUGUCAAGAACAACCCCAUCCCAUACUCGGAGGGCUUCAAGCCUACAGAGGUCGGCUCGUGGCGCGACUUUCGCGUAACUUAUCAAGCUCCAUCCUAG